ACCAGCUGUAGGUUUAGCCAAGUCGCGUCUCAUCCGUCAUCCGAUUUGGCCUUGCAAGCUGGAGCCUAACCGGUCGGCGGCUAGCCGGUACCGGGCAUUGUGUGGCGCAUAGCCGCGGCAUGCUAACCCCCACAGCAGGGACGUGCGUGUCUGUUCACAGCGGAGCAGGCGACGGUUUCGCAGACUGGUUCUGACUGGUGUUAAUGGUCGUGGUGUGUAACGAUCUGAAGAUGGCGAGUAAUGGUCGGGGUUAAUCGGUUAGCCUCGACGCAGCAGUUGUAGACGACAGGGCCUCGCGGAUCGCAGUGGCUUCGCUACAUUGAGUUGAUGCGUUUGCAGAGUAACGAUGUAGAGCCGCUGAGCUGAUUAGCCCGUUUGAGUUCAUGAAUCGGUGGCGGCUGCGAUAGCAAGCAAGAUGAACAAUUCCGGAGUCAUGCCACAAGAAAAGAUGGAACUGGAUCUGGAGAUCCCAUCUUCUCUCGUUCCGACUGAAGGACAGUUGAGACGGUCCAACAGUGCGCCCAUGAUAAAUGGCUUGAGUGAUAACUCCCAGGUGUUCCAGAGGGAAGUCCUGCGCAGCCGGAGAAAUAGCACGACAGUUGUCAACAGGCCGAACAUGGUCCCUUCUUCGCCCAUUCGCGUCCCCAGCACCAGGCUUCACCAGAUAAAACAAGAGGAGGGUGUAGACGUGAUGAACAGGGAAACCGCUCACGAGCGGGAGGUUCAAGCCGCCAUGCAAAUAAGCCAGUCCUGGGAAGAAAGCCUCAGUCUGAGUGACAAUGAUUUGGAGAAGUCCGCGUCUUCGUCUCCAAAGCGCAUCGACUUUGUCCCGGUGUCGCCCGCGCCGUCUCCGACCAGAGGGAUUGGAAAAAAGCAGUGUUUCUCGCCGUCACUUCAAAUCCUUGUGAGCAGCAACGGCCUGACGCCGAGCCCGAUUCCCAGCCCGACUCGCCGCUUCAGCCGACGGAGUCAAAGCCCCAUCAACUGCAUCAGAGCCAGCAUACUGGGGCCGAUGAAACGCAAAGGCGAGAUGGAGACGGAGAGUCAGCCCAAGAGACUCUUCCAGGGCACCACCAGCAUGCUGUCUUCUGACGUCUCCAACCUGUCGGAGCUCAGCGCCUGCCACUCUCCCGAUUUGCUGGACGGGAGCCUCAGCAGCGUCUGCUCCUCUUCAGGCUCGCCGGGCAAAAUGGAGGGAGUGUCGCCCUCCUCGUCCAGCAAUUCGCCCUUCGCUUCCCUCCAGGAUUUGUCCCCGAAGUGAGCACGCCGUGGCAUGAGACACUAAACGGACUGGAGCCAAAAAGACUCUCAAGAGGGGCGGCUGGCAGAAGAGUUUCCUUUCUCAGACUCCCAUCUCGUCAUCACCUAGAUUUAGUGUUUAGUGGGAGCAUUGUGUUUAUGUCUGGGCGGCUGUUGUCAUGGCAACAUCUUUUGCGGGUCGAGGUAUGCUUCAAUUAAGGGAGUGAAAGCCAUGUGUGAGUUUUGUUGUGGCAGCCGUGCGUUGCUAGGAAUGACUGCUGACAGCGUGAGCGCCAGCUGCUAGUUCAGGGUCUUGGUGCUGGUGGUGCUCUGCUUUAUUGUGUCCAUAAGUGGCAACGCUUCUGUCUCACACAAGAGACACUGGGCACGAGACAUAUAAGAAUAAGACUAUUUGGAUGUGCAUAUUUUCCCUGUUAUUGUGCUGGAAAACUUGUGUGUGUGUGUAUACAGCCUGUAGAUUUUGUAAGAUAAUAACUUAUUGUUUUCCUACUGUUUGUAAUUAUGUACAUAAGAACGUUCGGAUGUUGUAAGUUUGUAAAAGUGUGCGCAGAUCUUA